UUUUUUUUUUUUUUUUUUUUUUGUGGUCAGUCCUCCGUCACACUCACUGUUGCUGUCUUGUGCGGGUUUGUGACAAUGCCGCUCAAGCGCAGUGCGAGUGUGAUGGGCGAGAAUCUUGCACCGCCGACGGAAGCGACGACUGCCGCGAUUGCUGCUGCGAAUGCCGCGAUCGGUUACGACUCGCCAGCGAGCCAGCCAGCCGCGUUCGUGCCCAGCGCAGACGACGCAGGCAACCGAGGAGCAACGUCUGGCGCUGCUGGACUGACAUUGGCGAGCCAGGACGAGGAGGAGGCGCACAGUGCACGAGUCAAGCGGGUGCGCAUCAACGAGCCAGCAGACACAGCAGACACAGCAGACACAGCAGCGCACUGCUCGCUUGCAAGUGUGCCCGAGGCCGACACAGCGGACGAGCAAGGCGGUCCAGCGCAGACCUCUACUCCAAUGGUCGUCCACUCGGACCCAAGGACUGCUCCACGACCAGCGUCGCGUCGGAAAGAGAAGGAGCAGCGUCAAGAAUGUACUCCAAGUGCGCUGACGGACGAAGCGGUGGACGAGGUGGAUCGCAUGCGACUCGUGGACGAAAUGCUGUCGCCUGCCGACGCCGCUCAGUUUCGCACCCAGCUCGCCAAUCCGCGCAAUUCUUAUCUCAACCUGCUGCGGCCACACUCAAGAAAGCUCGGCGAAAAGUUUGCUGCUCGCGAUGGAUCGAUGAAGCAGUUUGCUAGCCUGCGACUCUCGUACUUUGAUUACAAGCGACAGCUCGCAAAAGAUCGGUUUUACACAAGAUCUCUAUGCCGGACCCAGCUUGAAGACAAUCGAGUGGUAUGCGUUGUGACUCUGCAACGCGGCAAUCACAUGAUUUCACAAGGCUACACGUAUGGCAGCAAUGUUGUUCUCAUGCCCGAGGAAGCAAUCUACUUGCUAGAUCGAGGGCGAAUCGAUAUUGUACACGAAGGCCGUCGAUUAUCUGUUCAAGAAGCAAUUGCCGUAUUAUGCCACGGAGAGCUUGCCAUGGAAACGCUGCAGCUUUUUAUUCACCUGAAGCGGUUGGGCUAUGUCGUUCGUCGCUUCUCCCAUCCAGUUAAGAGCUCCUUGAUUGAUUCCCUCACCCCAGAAACACCAGCGGCAGCCAACGUCCAGCCCCGCACACGAGAAGAACUGACCAAAAGUGAUCAGUCUGUCUUUGACAAAACCAUUGCCUUUGGUGUCCCAGAGCGGGCACCGAGCACCGAAAAGCGUGGUCCAACUCAGCCCCUCCUGUCCCCCGCCACAUUUGCAAGCGGUGCGUCACUGGCCGACGCACUCAAGCAAGCUGCGCUCGUUCAGUCUCGGCACCCGUUCAGCUUGGUCGGAACGCGGCCGUCUACCGCAUCGAAUCUGACGGACAACCAGCGUCGCAAAAUUCUGGGAUUUGCCGACACCCGUUUGCACUUUAUUCAGUUCGAUGUGUACAAGCCGCAACAAGCCUUCCGAAAGAGUGCGCCUGGAGCACCAGACUUUCGUGUUGUAGUAUGCAAAUACAGCGAUCCCCCGCCUUCUUUCUCUCGGUUGCAGGAACUUGCCUGCCUGUCUUACCCGGUGCCCAUCAAGUAUGCCGUAUUGAGUGGGAACAGUCUCUCGUUUUAUGGCUUUGUCAACACCAUCUUGCCUCGAAUGUCUUUGGAGGCAUCAGUUCAAGUCAAGCCGCGUGCUAGUCAGGUCCCCUCGUCCUCCGAGACCAUUCCCUCUGCACCGGCGUGCCAGGCGAGUUCGGUGGCUUUCAUCCUCUAAUCCAAAGCCUGUCUGUGUCCAGUCUCGGCUCGCAUUCAUUCAUGCUUCUCCCGCACGCUCUUCUAUUGUCACAUUUACUCAGAUGCCUUUUGCUCAUGUAAAUUUAGUUAAAGUUCGAU